CUUAUACAUCCACAAUUAAUUUUUUUGUUUUUGAUGUCAACAUCUAAAAUGUCCCCUCCUGAAAUUAAAAAUUUAAUUCAAAAUUCUAGUGAUACAUGUGCUUGUGAUUUCUAGUCAAACGAGAGGGGAUAUAGAAAUGUGUCUGCGUUUGUUCUGCGGCUAUUGGUCGCUCUACAUCGGCUGCAUCUUAAUUGGCUUGGUGGGGAUGCUCUUGUCCGUCAUGGUCUUCUCUGUGAGUCUGUUCGAGUUGGUCAUGGGUUCCAAACAGAUUUUUCUUAUCAUUUUGGCAAUGGUCUUUGCCUUCAUCAAUGCCUUGGCCAAUAUCUUCUUGAUCUUCGGCACCAUGUGGGAUAUGUGCUGGGCCAUGCUCGUGUCCUUUAUCAUUGGUGUGUUUGCCUUGAUGCUUUUCGGUGGAGUGGUGAUAAUGAGUUACUUACAUUUCUUAAAUGCCUUGUACCUACUAUUUGGAGUUAUACUGUGCAUAAUCCACCUUUACAAUGAGUGGAUCAUCAUUUCCACCUGGUGGUGUUGUCGAUCAUGCACAGACGACUGCUAGGAGUUGCUGUUGGCUAGCUUUUGCUCUUGGCUGGCAACUCGAACAUGUUGUAAACUCCAGACGGCACAGAGAUACUAUGUUCGUGCUCGAACAUCUUGGAACGGCUCUCCCCGAUCUUUGGAUAGGUUGUAAUACCGAGAGCAGCACUCUCUAAGAGAACUUGUAGCCGAUGCCAGUUCGGGUCUUCCGACUUGGGGCCUUUCAAGAAAGUCACUUCGAUUUGAGACGCGCGCUGGAAAUGUCGUUCCUGGAGCGUUCGAGCUGUUCCAGCGAGUGAGCGUGUGUGUGCCCGUGUGUACCGCCCCCUACCCGUCGAAAAAAAAUAAAAAAAGAAAAGUAAAAAGAAAAGCAACCAAAAGAAGGGAAAUCAAAAAUAAUAUUGAAAAGAAAAUACACAAGUGUACAUAUCUGCAUGUGA